AUGGACGAUCAAGAUAAAGGUGCGACGUCAGUCGCCAGCUCAUCCAAAUUACCACCCUCGCCGCCUCACACACAUCAGCAAGCUGGACCUCAACAUUCCGACGUCUCUGAACGUUCAGAUCUUCUGGAAAGGGCUAGGGUUUUCUUGGCAUCACCUCAGGUUCGGCACGAAGAUGUGUCCGCCAAACGUAGAUUUUUGGUAGACAAGGGGCUAUCUGAGACAGAGAUAAUCACACUUUUGCAGGAGCUGCCAUCCCAAGUGCCUCUCGUACCGCCACGGACGUAUCCUCUACCACCGCCUUCUAACCUUCCGAACCUACUUGCUGGUCUGUUCAGAAUACUUACAUGGGUAGCUGGAGGAUCCACCGUGCUGCUUCUCGUUUAUUACCGCUUCCUACUUCCUCGACUCACAAAAUCGUCUCUGGCUCGACACUCAAUCAUUGUACACCAGAAAGAUCUAUUGUCUAAGUUGACAACCUCAAUCAGUCACUUCAAAAACGAACAAAAACAAUCGUUCGAAGUCUUGCCCCAACUGGCGCUAGAUAGAGAAGAGCCGAGGUACAAGCAAUGCGGUGGUCUCGAUGAUCUUGUCUCUGCUGGCGACGACAGGCGAGACAUUCCCGUAUUUACGCUCCUGAGAUGCGCUUUGGCAGACUUUGCGAAACAAGAUCUGCAUCCAAGCUGGGAGGAACUGUCCGUCGCGAUCACCACCAAGUUCCCUUGGUUUGAGUCUGACUCAUCUUGUCAGCACCAGGCAUGUGAAACUCUUUUGAAGCAUCCACUCUUCCACGAUGUGGAGGAUUCCUCGUCAAACCCGGCUCGCUGGUCAUACCAGCCCCAAGCGCCGGUUCUUGACCCUGCGUCCGUCGACCCCCUUGACUCGCUUAAUGCUUCCCUUGCUUCUGCUCUUCCUACAAGUACAUCAAAUCGCUAUCAGCACACCCUUCAGAGCUUGAUCGAUUUUACUGGAUAUCUAACCACGAAGACAUACUCGCUAUCACCUCCUGCCUUGCCUCGUGUGUCUGGCUUCGGAGUCACGCUCAGUCCCGAGGAAGAUGAGGUGAGACGAGAAAUAAGAGCCCUGAAGGGUCUAGUUCUCAAUAGGAAAUCGUUCUUGCCACCCAGGCAGGCUAGUGUACCUCUUAACUCUUCAUAGUCAGCGUUUCAUCGACUGUAUCCUUUGUGGCUGAUAUCAUUCUAUUCUGAGAGCCCGCGCUGUUUGCUCUUGGAUAUGAAUAGUAACAGUGGUCGGGAAUUCUUGUACCUGUAGAAUCCAAGACGAGAUCAGCAUUACAUACCCAGAUUCCUCCUCGUAA